ACCAGUGCAUCUUAUAACCAUUUGAUCGAAAGUUGGCAGCGUAACCAUUCGCGAGCGUGAUUUAUUUUUUGCAACGGCGUCCAACAUUACAUCAUUGUAAAGCGUUACUAGGUUCUCCACAAUCAUGAGCCUUUCCAUUGCCGGAGCGGUGCAAAUUCUUUGCGGUAUCAUCAUCUUCAUCUGUGAUGUCAUCGGAAUGGGGAUGUGGUGGGGCAUCUCCCUGACCAAGUACACCGGCUUUGUCUCCGGCAUCAUCUACUUCAUCACCGGAAUUGUGACCCGAUCCGCUGUCAGUGCUGCCCGUCAGUCUAAAAGCAAUACCGUGUGCCUGGCCAUCACCGUCCUGGUGAUGGGCAUCAUCUGCAGUCUCCUGGCCUUUGGUCUCGCGGUCUACGACUGCGUUGUAGUCGACGCCUAUGCCAAGUAUUUGACAGGCCUCCUCAAGACCGGAUGGUGCGGUAUUGUCGGGGCGCAGCUGGCCUUCCAGAUCGUUAUGCUGAUCGCCAGUAUCACGGCCUGCGUGUACAGCUCCAAGAACAUCAGUGCGCCCAUUCCCGCUACUGCCGGAAAUACAGCCACCACCACCACCACCACCGUCACGAUGCCUCCCGGCAAGCAAGCGGCAUAACAUGCCGUGAUCGGGUCGAAUGCGUGGUUCACGUCAUAAUGCUCUAUAAGAUGACUGUCACGGCAUAUUUCAAUACGUCGAUCCAUAUUUUAAGUACUGCAAACCGUUCAUUGCCAGACUUGCUAUGCCAAACUCUUGCCCAUUUAAUUUGUUUGCUCUUUUUCUGAAACGUCACGAAAUGUCCUAUAAUUUGCAUGCUAAUGCUUGACGCUCGCUUGCCAAAUCCUUUGUAUA